UCACCUAAAUGUUUGGUUUCCAGUCUGAGAUGAAGAAGGACCGCCUGAAUCUGAUGGCAGCUCUGUGUGAGAGCGUGUUGGCAGUCAACAUGUUACUGAGUGUCUUCUUUCUUCCAGGUGCUUUGGCUGAUUGUCCCAGUUCAGUCCUCUUUGCUGACACACCUGGGCAGAUUGAAGCACUGAGUGGAUCUUGUUUGCUACUGCCAUGCAGCUUUAAUUCAUCGGAUUCCAGAUAUGACAAGACCAGAAGUAUUUAUGGAGUUUGGUUGAGAGGCACCACAAAUUUUAAUGCCAACCCAAGCCAUGUCAUUUUUAACAGCAGUGGCUCAGUUAACACCUACUCACUGAAAAUGAUCGGAAACCUGACAGAGGAAAACUGCACCACUCUGUUUCCUGACUUAAACACAAGUCAUACAGACAAAUACUUCCUCCGAAUUCAGAACUGGCCGUUUAUGGCAACAGCUGUUUGUGAGCCUGUUCAGAUAAAAGUAAGAGAUUCUCCUUGGAGUCCCAGCAUUAACAUCCCUGCUGAUCUGAAGGAGCAUCAGUCUGUCACUAUCAGCUGCUCAGCUUUGACUCCCUGUCCACACUCACCUCCUGAACUCACCUGGAAUCUCCAACAAGACUCUCACAGACAAACAGAGAAAAACACAGAGGGAACCUUUACAACUAAAAUCCAGGAGACCAUCACUCUGUCAGACACACAUGAUGGAUACAACAUCAGAUGUUCUGCCACAUAUCCUGUGAAUGGAGGAAACAAGACAGCAGAGACAGAAGUGACUCUCAGUGUUUCGUGUAAGUGA